AUGCCGCUCGACCUGUCGCAUCCGCGCACGCUGCUCCCGCUCGCCUCUGCCUCCGCCUCGACCUCGGUCGGGACUGCUUCCGCAGGCAGCAAGGGCACAAAGGGGGUUGCGGGAUUUGGAUCGGAUGGGAGUGGGACAACGAGGAAGGCAAUCCACCUCAAGCUUACGGAGGAGGUCCUCGCCCAACUCGUCGAACUCGCCAGGAAGGCGGGAUCGGAUGCAGGUGGUGCUUCGGCGCUCAAAGGCGCUCUCAAGGUCGACUUGGGCAAGAAUCCGUCGCUCGUCGUCGGAGGCGUCUCCCACGCGCUCAACUUGCACCCCGAAGCGCCCGACACCGAACUCGUCCGCCUCUCCACCGCCUCGAGACAGCUCGAACCUGUUGCGACCAUUGCGCAAAAGGGCUCGGUGAAGCAUGGACUCGCAGACUUGGAGAAGGCGGGUCAGAGGGCGCGUGAGAACCGCGAACAGGCGGAGAAGGAGAAGGAGGGCAGGCGAGCCGUCCUCUUGGAUGCGGUGCCAUCGACCUCGAAGAACCGCUCCGCCUCGCACUCCCGCCUCCUUCAUUCGACCUCGUCCCGCCCUCACACGCCCCUCCCUUCCUCUGCCCCCGCCUCUCGCACAGCUUCUCCCUCUUCGACCACCCGCCAACCCUCUCGCCUUACCGCUGUCCCUCCCAAACCUCCUCAUCCGCCCGGUCCCGCUCCAAGCAGCACAUUCCGUAUCGGCAAGGGUACCGUACCCAGCAGCAUCGCCGUCAGUCGAAGCAGUAGCUCUUCCUCCUCCGGCGUGUCCGUCAGCCUCGCUUCCAUCGCCAAUGGUACCGCACCUUCGCCUCCUCGACCCGCCGCUCCUUCCGCCUCGACAAGUCUUCCCCUUCCGCCAUCGCCGCAGCGACAGACAUCAACGUCUUCUACCGCAUCGAGCUCGUCUAGCGAAGUCAGCUUGCUGCAAAAGACUAUCGCGUCGGGCGCGAGCGCGACCAGUCCCGAGUCGCUACCUAUCGCCGAAACUGCCGCGAAAGCGGACAAGGGCAAGGCAGUUGCGACGGACGAGCCGGAGACGAAGGUGGAGGAGAAGCCGGCUGCGCCGAUACGAGCUGGAGGAGGCGGAGUCCUGAAGGGCAAGGAGUCGCUAAAGAAGGAGAAGCGACGAGAAGAGCGGGCGAAGGACCGCUCGUCCGCUGGCGCGGGCGAGUCUUCGGCCGCUCCAAGCAAGUCGGCGUCUGCGAAGCGCGCGUCGGGCGGUACGAAGAUCGAGGCAGAGUCGGAGGAAGAGGUCGAGCGGCGGGACAAGAAGAAGCGGCGAUUGCUUGACGACGACGACGUUGGGACGUCGAGCAGUCGCGCUUCGUCGGUCUCGCGGCCGGCCAAGGGGGCAAAGAAUGGCCGCGAGAGGGAAGGGUCGGAGCGAGGGAGCGGCAGCGAGUCGGUCAAGGCGAAGAAGGUGGAGAAGGAGCGACGACGACAGCGGGACGAGUCAUCGCCGCCUAGGGCGAGCAGCAGCAACGGGACGAAGAAGAAGAAGCGGCAAAAGGUCGUCACCGAGCGCUGGUACUCGUCCUCUUCGUCGGAUGAAGAGUCGGCGAAACCGCUCGCGCGCAAGACCUCGCACGACGGUGUCAAGCCUCGCGCUUCGUCAACCUCUACACCGCUUGCCAACGCUUCUCCUUUGCGCCAAGUGACCACCCUCCCUGCGCAAGCUCGCAAACUCCCGCCUGUUCCGUCUCUCCCGCCAGUCUCGGUCACUUCGCCCUCCUCAUUCGCCUCGUCUCGCCUCUCCUUCCUCGAAGCAUACGCCGCAUACGCCGUCCUCCAUUCCAAGCUGCUCGACGAGCGGUGUCAACUCGAGCAAGGGGAGAAAGGCGCGCUGGGCGGGCCAGAUCAGGUCCUCAAGCUUGUUGAGCAGGUUGGGCACAAGAAGGCAGAGCUGGAGGCGCUCAAAGAGGGGAUGCGGUUAUGGAGUGAGGAGCAGAAGAAGGCGGGUGCGGCGGCUCGAGCGGCGAGUUGA